GGUUCCCGGCUGCUCUUGGGCCGGGGGGACUCUGCGCUGGGGUGGCCCCAAUUUGCAGGAUUCUGAGGUCCAGCCUCACUGAGACGGUCCCAGCAAGAGCUCCCUGUGGCGGAGCCCCCCAAGAGCCGACCAUGUCGAUCGUGGACCACAGCCCCACCACGGGCGUGGUCACUGUCAUCGUCAUCCUCAUUGCCAUCGCUGCCCUGGGGGCCCUGAUCCUGGGCUGCUGGUGCUACCUCCGGCUGCAGCGCAUCGGCCAGUCAGAGGACGAGGAGAGCAUCGUGGGUGAUGGCGAGACCAAGGAGCCCUUCCUGCUGGUGCAGUAUUCGGCCAAGGGGCCAUGCGUCGAGCGGAAGGCCAAACUGACCCCCAAUGGGCCCGAAGUGCACGGCUGAGCUGGAAUACGAGGCAACGACGGGUGGGGUGGACCCACCGGCGCCCUGCUGCCCAAGAGGAAGGGCUGACAUCUGCUGGCAUGGCCUCAGCCGGCUUCGUCAUCGCAUGCACUGACUCCUGGGGUCCCAGUUCCCGGCCAGGACCUGCUGGCCAUGGGCAUGCCCUGGGCCUCCUGUUGGGCCGCCCAUUGCUGGCAGUGGGCAGACCUGACUCGUUGGGGACUCAUGUCCCUGAAGUGCUUUUGUUACUUGAGUGUUUAGCUGAGCCUGUGUUUAAUGGCGCAACUACUGUAAUGCGUGAACUAACCAACCUGUGAACUGUAAAUACUCCCCCCAAAGCACGUGUUCAUUUACCACCCAGAGCACCCGGAUCUGGUUUGACUCCAGCCAACCUAAGGAACUGAGAUGAAUGGAGUCCAGACUGCGGGGAGGGCUUUAGACUUGGAAGGCCCAGGUUGCAUUUGCAGGGCCCAGUAUAUGUGUAUAUAUGAGUGAGAGUGAGUGAGUGUGUGUGUGUGUGUGUGUGUAAAGGAAGUGAUGCAUUGGCUGUGAAGCUGGGGUGCGUGGGGAUUUCUGCUUGGGUAGCAGUGGCCGGAAGGACCGUGAGCGCUUCCUUCCCAGGUGGCUUCGGUCAUGAGGCUGGUUGCUGAUGCUAGUGGCAGGACUGCAAGGAAGCCACCGAACCUGCCCGGGAGCCAGUGACGGGCACGCCCAGUGGGUCCCGAGGGUUCCCAGCACUCCGGUGGCAGAGCAGUUUCUUGCCCCUUCGGUCUUCGCAUGCCGAGUCCCCGUCCCUGCCCCCAGCUGUCCCCCCUAUGCACAGGCUUCACUGCAUUGCUUUGUCUCCAUAGAAACACCAGCGCCAAGCUGCUCCUUUAGUCUAGAAUCCAAGUGGCCUGGGAGGAGUUUUGUAAUUGUUUGGGUUUUGUAUUUGAUGUUUCCUGCACUGGAGGGGAGGGGUUGUGGUUUGGGGUUUUUCCCCUCUUCUCCUUUUCACGUGUUCUCAUCCGUUCUGCGUGUCACCACCCACUUGCCGGGCGGUGACUGUCCUUACCAUCCCCGUCCCUGCAUGCAGGCCAAGCGUGAGUCUGGGCCUCCGCUGGUCAGGUAGCACCUUGGGAGCUCAUUUAGAUGGUGGAUUCCACCGCUGGUAGCACCUUGGGAACCAUAGUGUGUAAAUGCAUCCUAGGUAGAAACAGGUGGCCGGGAGCAUCAGGGCCAAUGUGUGCCCAGGGCCACAGUCAGAUGUUCUGGUUCCCUCUUCAGACCCAGGUGACACCCUCUAAAACCAUGCUGACCAAGUAUGCCUUUCAGAACCCAAGGGACGUGGUAGGAACACUCAUUUUAGCAGUAGACACCUAAAUUGGGGGGUGGGGCACACAUUAAGUAACAGCUUGAAGGGGCCCAUUAGGCAGUGUGGACUUACGUGGGACACCAGACAGGGAAGGCAGAUUUAGAGGGCCUAUGAGUCAGGCUUCCCAUGGUUAGCAGUAUAGAGCAGGCGCCCCUGGGGUAUCAGUAAUCAAAUGCCACGGGGCCUCCAGGGUGAGGAGGAGGUACAUCAGGUGGGUAUGGCCCAGAGGCAGCAGCGGUCCAGCGGUUUGGAGUGGAUGGACCCAUGGUGCCUGUUGGGGUUUGGGGUGAGGCCUGCUUUCUAAGGGAGGAAGCUCAGAGCAGGAGUUAGGAAAGGCUGUGUGUUUGGACCUGGUGUCAGGGCAGCAGUGGUGACAAGGGCCCAGGCUGUGUGACCUGACACCCAAGGUUGUCCAGUGCUUGGUCCCAGGCCUACCCUGAGGUGGGCACUUGCCAGUGAAGUUUCAUUUUCUGAAGAGCAUUGCACUGCACUUUCUGGGGUUAUCCCCCAGCCGCUGCUGGCUGCAGCAUUAUCCAGACCCAUCAGAGCUUAGAGUGGAGGUGGGGGGGAUGGGCUCCCAAGGGGACCUUGUAGAAGAAGAUGGAAUGUCUGCCAAGCUGGUAAGCCACCGCAUGACUGUUCUAAUGGCUGUCAUUUGUCAAAAGUGGCUUUUUCCCCCCACAGGGACGCUAGAGCCACUCUCUUCAGGCUCAGAACAGUCAUGACCCUCCAUGAUUCUUCCCGGACAGCUGACCCAGUCCUCCCAUCCACGAGCCACUGUACAAGACCCUGUGCCUCAGACACCUUCCAGUGGACCACGCUGCUGUCCCGUCUCUGAGCACCCGUGUGUGCAAUACGUGGGAAGGGUGCCAUCCUACUCAAGUUACAGCCAAGUGGGUUUUCUAGACCACUGAGAAAAAUCUUUAUUUACAAUAAAUUUCAAUAAAAUUUGCAUAAAUACA